ACACGUGACCAACUAUGUACCCCAGAUCGGCGAUCUCAGUGGAGGUUGGUUUGAAGAGCCAUCAGUCGUUUGACUUAUGGGGAACAUACAACAGCCCCAGCUUCUUGGUCCACUCAUCGGAGUCGUCUCUGAGCAGAACAAAGAUUGGUGGCUUGGUUACGCACGCGGCCGCUGGGAGGCAUUAUUCAGAAUCUCAUCUAAUUAUGUCGAAAAAAUACUAGACGCUUCUGCCCUCCCCCGAGCUGUUGUGACAACUGUAAAGAAUUCGUAUAGGCUGCUUUAUGAAUGGGACCGAUAGCCCCCUCGGCUGCAGGAAGCAUUAGGUCUGGGUUUAUCAUGGAGAAAUGCAGGUCAGAUGUCGUGAACCUGCCCAUACAGGUGCUGCCGUCAGCGAUGAUUCUCUCAUAACGAUAUUAUGAUGUGGUCGUGGCAUAGCUUCGACAUAUGGUCCAGAACCUUGGAUACCACAUGGAUCUGGUAUUGACAGUGUGUCCUAUAAAUAUCCGCUGUGUUCUCAAAGAUGUGACGAGUAAAUGUAUACAUUGCUGGUCUCGAUUCAUUCUUCACGAGGUUGAAUACUCUAC